GCCGCCGUCGACACAUAAAACCCACCCGCCGGAGCCGGACCGACCGCCCGCGGCGCACACACCAAGACGACAGUCGGCAGCGGCGCUCCCCCCCUUCAACAAUCUACUUCCUCGUUUCCGUCCAGGUCAUACCCGAGUUGCUGCUGCUGAAAUGGGUAGCACGGAAGCCCCAACGCCCGUGCAGGCACCUGUGUGCUCCAUUGUGAACGAAGGCCCACCAGCUCCAGCUGCUUGCUCCAUUGUGAACGAAGCCCCAGCUCCUGCCACUGACUCCAAGCCCAAGAAGAAGAUAUGCUGCGCUUGCCCCGACACCAAGAGGCUGAGAGACGAGUGCAUCGUCGAGUACGGGGAGUCUGCGUGCACCAAGUGGAUCGAGGCUCACAAGCAAUGCCUCCGUGCCGAGGGCUUCAAAGUCUGAUUCUUCUCUUGUACCCUGAUCAUGGAUGUUGCAGAACAUGCUAUUUGAGAUUCCGUCAGAGGAGUUGUCUUGUUUUUCAAUGCUGUGCCUGUAUGGUUUAAUGGUUAGCGAGCUUGAUGCCUGUUUCCAUGGGAAAUAAAUUACUGAUACUAUAUGAGAAAUUUUCUUGGUGUUA